AUGGCUGAAACUGUAGCCCAAUUACAGAAAGAAUUGAAUGAUUUAUCGUCAUCAUGUGAUAAGAAACUUGAUUUAAUUACUACCGGAUUACGAAAAGACAUACUUUCUUCUCAACAAAGUUUAGAAAAGUGUUAUGAGCAGAAAACAACUUUAAAUAAUAAUUUCACUUUAGCUCAAAAGCAAUUAAAGGAAAUGGAGGUGUUUAAAUCGUCAUUAACCCAAUGCCAACAAAAGGCAACACUUGCCAAACAAACUAAUCAGGAUACUCAAAGCAAAAUGGAGAAACAAUUGACUGAUUUACAAAAUGAAAAUCAACAAAUGAAACAAAAACAUCGUAAAGAAUUUUCUCUUCAUCAGAGUCAUUUGGAAAAAUGUUACAGUGACAAUCAAAAGACAAAAAAAGAAAUUGAGCUUGCGAAUCAGCAGUUAACACUGAAUUCUCAACUACUUAAUUUUAACAUAUAUUAUUCCGAAAAUGUCUUCAGCGUUGUCUCCGUUAAUCAACCAAUGGACGGUUACCCUACGGGCUGUACAGGAUGUUGUAGUAAACUUUAUGGAGAAAAACCACACGAAAAAAUAUUUAAACUAUAUUGA